AUGUCUGGAGCAUUCCAGCAACCCCUCCGCUUCUCAAGUGAGGGGGAUCGUCGGGGGGUUGAUGCGGGCAGACCCAGACCGAGUACGAGCCGCCGCCGUGACAAGCCACAGCUUUCCUGCAAUCUCUGCCGGCGCAAGAAGUUGAGAUGUGAUCGCCAGCAGCCAUGCUAUAAUUGCGCUGGGCGCGGACUUUCCUGCACUUAUGCACAAAAUCCUGACAAUGGAGAACCUUCAUCUUCUGUCGGCGAAUCACAACUUACAAUGCAGGACCGCCUGGCCCAUCUGGAAAGAUUGGUCAAGGUUCUAAUGCCAGGCCCUUCAAGUCAGCCCAGCCCCAACGCUGUCACAGCUUCAGGCACCAGUGGCGACGUCACGGUUGCUCGGAUAUACGACAACUCACUUGUCGAUGCCUCCGCGGAUGUCCGUUCAGAGUGCGGGAGCAUCAGUGCCGCAGCUACGGAGCUUCCCUACAUUGGUGACGACCACUGGGCUGCUAUUCUGGAAAGCAUUUCCGAGUUGAAGCACCAGGUCGAUAGAGAUGAGCAGACAAGGAUGGAUGAUACCGUCGAAGAUGGUAAUCCGCCCAUGAGGCGCCGAUCUCCACAUGCCCUUCUCCUCUAUGGCUGUCCUCGUGCCCGGUCGCGAGAGGAGAUUUUAUCUGCUCUACCGCCUAAGCCAGCGGUCGACCGUUAUGUUUCGUUUUAUUUCAACCACCUUUCGCUAGCUUACUCUAUUCUUCACUCCCCCAGCUUCCUUCGCGAGUAUCAAAAAUUCUGGGAAGCGCCUUCUGAAACUCCAAUCGCUUGGAUCGGCCUGCUAUAUACCAUCAUCUGCCUUUCCGUAAUUGCCUCAAAGGAUAACAAUGAGAUUCGGGACAAGGCUGAAGACGAACAAUUGCGUCUCCAGAUCGAUUCAUAUCACGAAAAGAUUGUUCAAUGUCUGAUCUUAGCUGAAUACACCAAAACCGGCCCGCAUAUCCUAGAAACCAUGAUUCAUUACGCUCACAUAGAGUUCGCCAUCCAUCCAGAUGCCAACACUGACCUGUGGUACCUUUUCGGCAUUGUCGCAAACAUGGCAAUGCGCAUGGGCCUGCACAGGGACCCGAUUCACUUCAAGGGAAUAACACCCCUCCAGGCUGAGAUGCAGCGCCGGAUCUGGUCGUCGCUCUUGAUGGGAAAUAUUAUCAUUUCUGGCCAAGUGGGAAUGCCUCGCAUGAUCUCAGCUGCGCAGUACGACACCGCCGAGCCCCGAAAUCUGACUGAUGCAGACCUCGAUUCAGCUCAUACGGGCGGAAUGGCUGAGCUACCUCCAUCGCGACCAGAGACUGAAUACACUCCAAUACUCGGCGUCAUUGCAAUGAGGAGGAUCGUAGAAGCUCUGGGCCAAAUCUCGGAACUUAGAGCCGCUGUGACGCCGUGCACAUACGGAGAAGUCAUGCGUGCCGACGGCGGUUUACAACGAGCAGCCGACAGUAUCCCUCCUCCAAUGAAAAUGAAGCCCAUGGCGGCCAGUAUAACUGAUUCACCCCAUGCGAUAAUGUGGCGACUAUUCAUCGGUCAUAUAUUCUACAAGGGGCAGAUAAUGCUCCACCAGCCGUACAUGUUUGCUUCUGCAAGAGAGGAUAUUCAUGCUUACUCUCAAAAGACGUGCCUGGAUGCAUCGCUGAGCAUGCUCGAGAUUCAGGGAGAUUUAGACGAGGAGACACGCCCCGGGGGACAAAUAUCGAUGAUGCGAUGGCGAGUCUCUUCCAUCAUGAAUAACCAGUUCCUGACGGCGACGAUGAUCCUUUGUUCGAUGUUGCACCGCGGAGUGACGCUUGGGAGAGAGGAGGAGAUUAAAUCAGAGCUACGGAAGACUCGAACAAUUUGGAUGCGGGGCAGCCGCAACUCCCGAGAAGCCCAGAAAGCCGCAGAGGCCGUCAAUUUCGUUCUUUCUAACUCUACAGGUGGGUUAUCCACCGAGCUGUUCGGCGCAGACCCAUCAGGGCAGGCUGUCGACCCAUUCAUGUUGGAUACAAUCAACCGGGAAGGUGUAUAUUUUGGAGAACAAGGCUUGAGCACUGAUCUCUUAGAGACGUUCGACUUCAACAUGGGCUCAGUCCUAGAGACACCAACUCCUCCUAGCGAGGAAAAUCGGAACGGCAACACCGCCUUCGAAACUGAUCAUAUGGAAGCGAAUCUUGAUCUCGGAGAUGCAGGGACGUCGAUGGCAUGA